AUGACUACUACUUAUGUGUAUACAUACACUGGUAGUGAGCAAACUCAAAGAAUUGAAGAACCUAGCUAGCUAUAUAUGCCUUUUGGUUGUGUACAUGUGAUCGAUCGACGGAGCGUGUGUUAGAUAUUGAGAUUCUUGAAAUUUGAAGAUAAAUGGCAGGAGAAUCCUCAUCAUCAUCAAAUCUAAACAUAAUUGUUCACAAAAACCCUUCUGAAUCCUAUCUGUCUGAACUUGGUAUCAAAUCUUGGCCCAAGUGGGGAUGUUCACCAGGAAAGUAUCAGUUGAAGUUCGAUGCCCAAGAAACAUGUUAUUUACUAAGAGGGAAAGUAAAAGUCUACCAGAAAAACUCGUCGGAGAUCAUGUCGGAGUUUGGUGCCGGCGAUCUUGUCAUCUUACCGGAAGGUUUAAGUUGCACUUGGGAUGUCUCCGUUGCAGUUGAUAAACACUACAAGUUUGAAUCAUCUUCUUCUUCAUAAUAAUAGUAAUUAAUUUUUAAUAUUUAAUUAACAAUAAUAUAGGAGUAAUAUAAAUUAAAUAUUAUUUAUAUUUAGUUAACAUUUCUAAUUAUGUUUAUAAUUAAUACUUUAAUUGUUAGAUCGAUGUAAUUAUUCCAAAUUCCAAAUUACGGGUCUCUCCUUUUAAUUUCUCUCUUUAA